AUGGUGUGGCCACGGGCGGUCGCGGAGCUGCACGACACGAAACGAAGCCGGCCACAGCCCGUGAGUUUCGGCUCGGAAAAGCCGCAGGCGUCCAAGGGUGUUGGACCAGCCGGGAGCCAUGACAUGGCAGGCCUGGCCCAGCGGCCAGGCAAACGGGGAUUCAGCGUCCGAUCCUUUGGAACAGGGACUCACGUGAAGCUUCCAGGACCAGCUCCCGACAAGCCCAAUGUUUAUGAUUUCAAAACCACAUAUGACCAGAUGUACAAUGAUCUUCUUAGGAAAGACAAAGAACUCUAUACACAGAAUGGGAUUUUACAUAUGCUGGACAGAAAUAAGAGAAUCAAGCCCCGACCAGAAAGGUUCCAGAACUGCAAAGACCUGUUCGAUCUGAUCCUCACUUGCGAAGAGAGAGUGUAUGACCAGGUGGUGGAAGGUGAGGAGGUGGCUAUCCAGCACACGGAGGACAUGGAGAACGAGAUUGACGAGCUGCUGCAGGAGUUCGAGGAGAAGAGCGGCCGCACCUUUCUGCACACCGUCUGCUUCUACUGAGCCCGGCGCCCGCCUGGAGCCGCCUGGAGCCGCCUCGAGCUUCCUGUUCAUCCUUUUUCCUCCCUGACUUUGGUUUUUACUUACAGGCGUUCCGCUGGUGACGGUAGCAUUACCCGAAUAAACUGUGCAUAUGAAAUGGGAGAGGAGAUGCCAGAAGGCCAGAUUAAAGCAAUCAAGUUUUUUCUUUCCCACUUUUACUUAUGAGCGGGAUAUUGAUUAUAAAGUGUUUCUUCUUUAACCAGAAAGGAAAGACGAUGGUUUGUGUGCACUUCCCGACGUACCUGUGUCUCCAUGUGCCUGCCUUCCCUCCCUCCUCCCCACCCGGCUGGACUGUACACAGCCCUGCUGCGGCGUGUUGGGAAUGACCUGGAAUUGUCAAUAAACAGAUGCUGCUGUCA